CAGUGCGCAGUGCAAACACGCAUACACACACUAGCUCCUCUUUAAACCCUUUUUUUUUGUGACAGAUGUGCGAAGAAAGAAUAGCAAGCUAAUUGUGGCUUACAGUACAGUGCGUCAGACAACACAAUACCUGAGCUUCUCAGAGAUCAGCAGAUAUCUGGAAUACAUAACUCAUUCUGCGCGCAGCUUUCCGUCUAAGCCUCCAGGACAUAAAAAUAUUUUUUUUGCCAUUCCAUAGUUGGCUUUUUUUGCUGCGCACCGUGACGAAUAUCCUAUGGAGCGCUUUUGCGCAAAUCUCUCCAAACUUUCCAACCACGCGGAGGCUAUUUUACUGUGAAGGAUUUAAGUGAUGCACGCGGAAAUGUUCAUCUUCGGACAUUCUCACUAAGCAAAUGUCCUUUUUUGCUGGGAAGAGCCCUUGCACUGCUGGUUUUCACUUGGACAUGUUGCUGCUUAAUGGCGCAACUGCGGGAUUGAAAUAACGGUACUGUUGCAGGAGUUUUUCCCAACAUUACCAACAUCUCUUGCACCGCGCAGGUUUGGACAGGUUUUCUUUUCGUUUAAAGACGGUGACAUGCGGGAUCGGAAAUCACUCAUCGGAGGACUGUAAACCCUGCUGGAAAUCAGAGUUACGCGGAGAUGGGAUCCCUGGUGAGAUCCCGCUGGCUUAUGAUCCCACUGCUUGUGCAAGCCUGGCUGUUGGCUUCCCAAGGCAGAGUCCGAGAGAAACCGUGUCCUCGAAGCUGCCGGUGUGAUGGCAAAAUAGUCUAUUGCGAGUCGAAUGCCUUUCGCGAUGUGCCAAAGAAUGUUUCGGUGGGAUGCCAGGGCCUCUCUCUGCGUUACAACAGCUUGGCGAAUCUUAGGCCUGGUCAGUUUGCCAGCCUCAGUCAGUUGGUUUGGCUGUACUUGGACCAUAACUACAUCAACAUGGUAGACAGACAAGCAUUUCAGGGCGUUCGAAGACUGAAGGAAUUGAUCCUCAGCUCUAACAAGAUUACGCACUUGGAAAACAGCACGUUUCAUUCGAUUCCCAACUUGCGCAAUCUGGACCUCUCCUACAACAAACUGCAAGUCCUGCAACCUAAUCAGUUUCAAGGCUUACGCAAACUGUUGAGUCUUCACAUUAGAUCGAAUUCCCUCAAGACGGUUCCCAUGCGCGUGUUUCAGGAUUGUCGAAACCUAGAGUUUCUCGAUUUGGGUUACAAUCGACUGAGGAGUCUUACCCGUAACGCGUUUGCGGGACUCCUCAAACUGACCGAGUUACACUUGGAGCACAACCAAUUCUCAAAGAUCAAUUUUUCUCAUUUCCCACGGCUUAACAAUCUCCGGGCUUUGUAUCUGCAGUGGAAUCGAGUAAAGUCAAUAACGCAGGGAAUUACAUGGACCUGGACCUCAUUGCAAAAGCUGGAUCUCUCUGGGAAUGACCUGCAAGUGUUGGAUGCCAGCAUUUUCCAGUGUCUGCCCAAUUUGCAGACUCUUAAUCUAGACUCCAAUAAGCUAAGUAACGUGUCCCAGGGGGCCAUAGGGGCUUGGAUCUCUCUCACUACGAUCAGUCUUGCAGGUAAUAUUUGGGAAUGCAGUCCCAGCUUAUGUCCCCUUGUGGCAUGGCUGAGGAACUUUAAGGGAAACAAGGAGACCACCAUGAUUUGUGCUGGACCAAAGGAAGUUCAGGGCGAGAAAGUGAUCGAGGCUGUUGAAACCUAUGGAUUCUGUAAAACGACCCCCACUCCUUACCUUCCGUUGUUCUCCACUGUAAACUCUAAGUCCAAAACCGGACGUCUGCCCCUGCCCACCAUGUUCAAAGCGAACGAGAAGAUAGCACGCAACAAUCCCGCCGCUCCUUCCCCAACGGUCGCAUCCCCGCCUGCCCCUGAGCACGACUUUGAGCAUGUUUCUUUUCACAAGAUAAUAGCCGGCAGCGUCGCCCUUUUCCUAUCCGUGGCCAUGAUCUUGCUAGUGAUCUACGUCUCCUGGAAGCGUUACCCCAGCAGCAUGAAGCAACUGCAGCAGCAUUCCAUGGUGAGAAAACGCCGGAAAAAGGCACGAGAGACGGAGCGGACCCUCAGCUCUCCGCUACAGGAAUAUUAUGUGGACUACAAACCCACAAACUCUGAGACCAUGGACGUACUGGUCAAUGGGACAGGACCCUGUACCUACACCAUCUCCGGCUCCCGAGAAUGUGAGGCCCCUCCACAGAUGGGCACAUUGGCGUUCUACAGAUACGAGCAGCCCAUUGUGGACUACUGCCAGGCUCACCAAACCCUACACAUGAACAGGGGGUUCGAGCCGUCGUCCCGGUCCCUCGAGGGGGUGGGGGCACGAGAACGAUGCAGCGUCCCUUCAGCCGGCCUUCUUCCUUCCGUGCCUGCAGCCCCUCUGUCAGACAUGCGUCCCCUACCACAGUGAGCCACACACGGACACGCCUGACGUCCCCCGUUCUCCUCUACGAAUGUCCCCACAGGGCGUACGGCCCACCCGACACCAACCUAAACCAGAUAAGAAACCGAGAUAUAUGGGGCAGUGUGACUCGUGUGGACUGUGAAGUCCCAGAUGUCUUCUGAGGAAUGAAUGGACUGUCAUGAACUGGGUCAAAACGCUUUUGGGUUUGUAUUUUCCAGAAGUCAUUCAUGUGUUCUGAAAUCGAUUUGGAAAAAUGUAACAUUGAAAAACAUUUGCUGAUUUUUUUAUCCUACAUGCUUUGUGGAAUCAUCCUUGAAGUGUUUGAGAGCCAAAACGUUUAUAAUAAUUAAAAUCAGGAGCUUUAUUGACUCAACAGUGCUCAAACAAUUCAGACGUGUGUACAUGAUGUUCUUAUAAACGUAAAAUAAUAUCCCAUUAAUGGAAAUGAGAGGCAGAGCAGUAAGUGUAUCCGAGCAGAAAAUCUUUUUAUCGUCUGGUUCUCUGAUAAGGCCUAUCAAAAGGCCCUCUGGCCCGUGAAGUCAGCUAUUAUUGCUUUAUAUAAAACUGCCCAAAUUCAAGGUGAGGUGGAGAAUUUGAAUUGUAAAUUAAAAAAAAAAAAAAAAGUAUUCUUGCUUAUAUUGACCGUGCCCCUAAUGAUAUGAAUGCAUCUCUUUAUUUUUAACUGGUGCGUCAUUUACUAAAAUCUUACACUAAUCAUAAAAAACGUAGAAAUAAUGUGUAUUAUAUAUUGAAUUUCCAUCCUUUAUGAUUUAUGAACAGAUGGGUCAUUUCUAUUACACAGUACUUGAUGAUGUAACUAAAAUGAAUGUGCUUGUAUUGUUAUUUAAGUAUUUCUACAAAACGGUAGACUUAAAGGGGUCAUAUGGCCAGUGUUGGGAAAAGUUACUUUUAAAAGUAAUGCAUUACAAUAUUAAGUUACUCCUCAAAAAAGUAACUAAAUGCGUUACUUAGUUACUUUUCAUGUAAAGUAAUGCUUACAUUACUUUUUAGUUACUUUUGCAUUACUUUUUCUUGGCUGAGCCUUGAUCACUUUCAGGCCUUGCAGGUGUUUUUAUGACUGUGUUUUGUUGUUUCAUCACAAAAAUGUCGAGCUCUGGCCUGCCAUCUCAGUUUCUGACUCAAACGGUUCCCACACAGGCGUGUUUGCAUUGAUAUAAUUUUGUACUUGUAUUACCUUUUUGAAAAAGUAACUCAAUAUUAAUGUGUACAUUUAAAAAGUAAUGCUUUACCCGUUACUUCAGAAAAGUAAUAUUACUACUUAAUGCACGUUACUUGUAAUGCGUUACCCCCAACACUGCCUAUGAUGCACAGUGUGAAUAUGUACUCUGUAAAAGAAAUGACCCAACUUUGUUUUGAAGCCUAAAAAUGUAGAUAACGUAUAUGUGUUCUGAUACCAGCCUCAGAGUUGUAUAGUACUUAAGUAUUUGUACUUUUUAAUUUUCAUUUAAUCGUAUUUUAUUAGUGUUUUUCUUUGGAAAACAUACAUUCCAAAACACAUUAUUAUAAUUUUUACUUCACUACAUUUCAUAAUUUCAAGUUUUUGUUUUAUAUUUAAUAUUUAAGUACAUUAAAUAUCUAGUAAUGUUUUGAACUUUUACUUAAGAAAGUAGAAGUACACAAUUUUUAUGUAAUUAGGCAUUAAAUCAAUUUUAAUAUGCAAUAUAUAAUGAAUACACAGUAUGAUUAUAUGCUUUAGAAUGUAGUGAAAUUUUUUUAGUAAAGAAAAGUACAUUUUUUUCCCAAGACAAGCACUCUGAUAAAGCACAGAUGCUUGGCAAAUGUAACUAAAAUACUUAAGUAUUAUACACCUCUGACCAGCCUGAUUCAACGGGAAUACGUAUUUUUUAAGAGAUGGCUAAUUCGUAUGAAGUAAAAUGUACGAUUAUUAGAAAAAAACAAUAAUGAUACCCCAGCCCUAACCCCAACAUCAUAUGGGUGAAAGCAAAUUGUAUAAAAAACGUACAAAUGUCUGGUCGUACGAAUUAGCCAUCUUGUAAAUACGCACAAAUUGCAAUGAGAUGGUGUUGUCUGAUACCCAUACUGAACUCAGAUCUGUAUUGUCAUCAUCAUCAUCAUCAUCAUCGCUUCCACGCUUUGUCCUGAAGAACAUCUAUUGGACGUCCCACUAUACUUCAGAAAGACCCGCGUGACCCAUGACACGGACAACCCACAUUCCAGCUGGAACUGUAAAAAUAAAGAAGACAGAAGGAAGGACUUAUAGACACUGUACAGUGAAACUCUUCCUCAACCGGACUCGUCUUGUACAUAUUGUAUAAAUUAAAAACGAAAGAUGUCUUUGCUUCUACAGAAACACAGUGUUGUUACCUAGAAGAGGAGCCUUAUCUUCAAUCCAAGAGAAAGUGUGUCUGCGUCUGCGUGUGUCAGCGCGGGUGCGUUAAACCGAGAUAAAGGGAGAAUUUCAGAUAAAUGGAAGACGGCUGCGUUAGAAUAUUAGCCUGCUGUUCGAAAACAUUUGUUUCAAAGAUUUGGUCUUUUUACUUUCCUUUGCGAUUUUCAAUAAUUGCAACAUAUGUUUGAUGCAUCUGUUUGCUGGGAUUCUGCGUCGAACGCCAGCGCACCAAUUAUGAGUACUACAGUGAUUUUUCAACCAAAUGUUUUUAUACCAGUAUUUAUGUGGAAAAAAGACGAUGACUAGUAUAUACUUUUUUGUUUUAAGUUCCUCCGAGCCCCUCAAUAUUUGCGUCCAUCGAGCAAAGCGCCCGAUUUCUGUUCUGACGCAAAGGUUGUGAUUAUUUUAAGCGUUCGACUGUGUUUCCCUGUAUCUUAGAAAUGAUGCUGAAAUAUUUCGUUUUGUCUAUUCAACAGUUAUAAAGCGUAAAAUUCCUUUUCUU